UGAGAGCUGACAGAACAUAGACCAUGGAUGGCAUGAAUAGGAGGAAGAAGCCAGAACCAGACGAACUUGACUGCAGCAUGUACAGGAUGAACGGUAUCAAGCUCAUAGCGUUAGAAAGUAAGAAAGGUCGUCGGCUUCGUCUCGCUCCAUGUGGCCAAAACAAAGUCACUCGUUUGCUAUUUAAGCCCUGCUCGCCGUGCCGAUGUGAAACUUGUCACCUCCGCAUCCUGUCCGCUCUCAACCUGGCAUGCAUAUAAUAGGCUUAAUGCGAAAACAGAACUGGCCGGACAAGCGAUGGACACUAGCGCUCAGUUCGAGCCGAUGGAUAUAGACAAUGAAGAGGCAUCAAGGGAUAACGAAAUGUGUAUUCCCACGAUCGUGUUAUGGCCGCCACCGGAUGAUGAUUUUGAUAUGAAGGAGGACGCAGAGGAUGUGGAGAUGACUUGUACCGAGAGGAGCACCAUUACAAACAACCACUAA